CGCUGAUGACGUCUCCAGCGCCUCGGAGCGCACUGCCGACAUGGCGUAAGAGAAAAAAGACUGGACACGGCGUUUGGGAAAUCCGAUUUAACAGAAGGAAAACACCGAGGGAAGUUUGAAGCCUCUGGAUUUAUGCACUUCGAAUUCUGUACCGUUGUUUUGAGCUAAGUUUUGGUGCAGCAGCAGCUUGAGACAUGAUGUCUGACGCCAGUGACAUGUUGGCGGCCGCUUUGGAGCAGAUGGACGGGAUCAUCGCAGGCUCCAAGGCGCUGGAGUACUCCAAUGGCCUGUUUGACUGCCAGUCCCCGACGUCACCCUUCAUGGGCAGCCUGCGGGCGCUGCACCUGGUGGAGGACCUGCGGGGGGCGCUAGAGCUGAUGGACCCGGAGGAGAGGGACAGCCUGCGCUGCCAGAUCCCGGACUCCACUGCAGACAGCCUGGUGGAGUGGCUGCAGGGCCAUCUGACGAAUGGGCACAUCUCUCUGGGUGCUGAUGUCUACCAGGACAGGCUGGCUCGGUUGGAGAGCGAUAAGGAGUCCCUGGUGCUGCAGGUGAGCGUGUUGACAGACCAGGUGGAGGCGCAGGGGGAAAAGAUCAGGGACCUGGAUCUGUGCCUUGAGGAACACCGGGAGAAGCUGAAUGCCACUGAGGACAUGCUGCAGCAGGAACUGCUGAGCCGCACGGCCCUGGAGACACAGAAGCUGGACCUGAUGGCGGAGGUGUCCAACCUGAAGCUGAAGCUGACGGCCGUGGAGAAGGACAGGCUGGACUAUGAUGAGAGGUUCAGGGAUGGCGAGAGCUUGAUCCAGGAGAUCAAUGACCUGAGGUACCGGGUGUCAGAGAUGGAGACUGAGAGAAUGCAGUAUGAGAAGAAGCUGAAAUCCACCAAGUCACUAAUGGCCAAACUGUCGAGCCUGAAAAUCAAAGUUGGGCAGAUGCAGUAUGAGAAACAGAGGAAGGAGCACAAAAUCCUCACCCUGAAGGAGGAGCUGGCCAUGCUGAGGAGGCAGUUGGAGACGCGGGACGGGGAGCUGACGCAGCUGAGGGGUUCAGUGUCGGAGGCCACAGAAAGUGGGGAGAAAGUCUCCCACACAGAUGAGAAUUAUAAACGGAAGCUGAGAGAGAAACACUUUGAGGUGCAGAAGAUGAAGAAGGCAGUGGAGUCUCUGAUGGCAGCCAAUGAGGAGAAGGACCGCAAGAUUGAGGAGCUGCGGCAGUCCCUCACGCGAUACAAGAAGGUCCAGGACAUGGUGAUGUCUGUGCAGGGGAAGAAAGACAAACCGAAAGAUGGAGAGAGUGAGGAGAGCCAGAGCGACAGCUCGGUGUCCGCACCAGCAGCCGACCCCAUCGCCGUGGCUUCGGAGAAGGUCACCACGCCCGGCAUCGAGCAGACCGGGAAGAGUCUGGAGGAGCCUGGAGCCCAUGCUGGCCCAAUCACUGUGCCCACAUCCAUCUCCCCCUCCCCCAAGGGGACUGAGGAACCAGACCUGGGGGGGCAGCCAGAGCGAGCAGCACCAGACAGUGAAGAGGGGGCUCUGGAAGUUUCUGUAACCGUGGAACCCUCGUUAAGUGACAGCCCAGUUUCUGCAGACCUUCCCAAAGGAGGCAGCCUGGACAACCUGACCGAUGAGGCCUCUGAGAAGAAGCAGGUGGCGGUUCACCAGAAACCAGCAGAGAUGGCCGAAAACCUCUUCCUACUGCUCAAGAAUAAGGCCUGUGAGGAGAUCAGUAAGAUCAGCACUCUCCCGCCCAAGUCCCCCAGCGGCCUGAGUGCGGCAGAUGACAGCUUCGGCACCAGGAAGGCCCGCUCCUCCUUCGGCAGGGGCUUCUUCAAGAUCCGGGGGGGCAAGAGGACAGCCAGCGCCCCCAACCUGGACCGCAGCCGGAGUGCGAGCGCGCCCAUGCUAGCGGAGACCGAGCGUGAGGGGACGGAGCACCUGGAUUUGGCGGGCGUGCCCCAGCGGUCUGCAGACAGCGACAGCACACACACCCUGCCCUCCUCUCCCGAAGGCAAGAAGAAGGCCAGAGGCAUCAAGAAACUGUUUGGGAAGCUGAAAAGAAGCCAGUCUACUACAUUUAACCCUGAUGAUGACCUAUCAGAGACGGAGUUUAAGAGGGGCGGAGUCAGAGCCACGGCAGGCCCCCGGCUGGGCUGGUCACGUGACCUACAGCACGCCAACAAUGAGCUGGACACACCCUUCGCCAGGUGGACGAAGGAGCAGGUGUGCACCUGGCUGCAGGAGCAGGGUCUGGGUGUCCAUGUGGGCCUGGCCAAGCAGUGGAUCACCUCCGGCCAGACGCUGCUGCAGGCCUCCCAGCAGGACCUGGAGAGGGAGCUGGGUAUCAGGCACCCCCUGCACAGGAAGAAGCUGCAGCUGGCCCUGCAGGCGCUGGGCUCCGAGGAGGACGACAACAAGGGCAAACUGGACUACACCUGGGUGACCCGGUGGCUGGAUGACAUCGGCUUGCCCCAGUAUAAGACCCAGUUUGAUGAGGGGCGUGUGGACGGGCGCAUGCUGCACUACAUGACGGUGGACGACCUGCUGUCUCUGAAGGUGGGCAGCGUGCUCCAUCAUCUGAGCAUCAAGAGGGCCAUCCAGGUCCUGAGACUCAACAACUACGAGCCCAACUGCCUGCGGCGCCGGCCCUCUGACGAGAAUAACGUGAGCCCGGCUGAGAUCUCCCAGUGGACCAAUCACAGAGUGAUGGAGUGGCUGCGCUCGGUGGACCUGGCGGAAUACGCGCCCAACCUGCGGGGCAGCGGCGUGCACGGGGGUCUCAUGGUGCUGGAGCCGCGCUUCAACGUAGAGACGCUGGCCCUGCUGCUCAACAUCCCGCCCAGCAAGACGCUGCUGCGGCGCCACCUGGCCACGCACUUCCACCUGCUGGUGGGGCCCGAGGCACAGCAGCAGAAGCAGGAGCACCUGGAGUGUCCCGACUACACCCCCCUCACUGCCACCGCCAAAGUCAAGCCCAGGAAGCUGUCGUUCGGCAGCUUUGGGAGUCUGCGGAAGAGGAGGCAGGAGGACAGUGAGGAGUAUGUGUGCCCCAUGGACGUGGAGAUGCCCAAAGGCAGUGGCUUCCAGAGGGGCGCCCGUGGCAUGGAGCUCCGGCUGUACGAGGAUGAGCUGGACCGGCUGGAGCAGAUGGAGGAUUCGGAAGGAACAGUGAGACAAAUCGGCGCUUUCUCUGAGGGCAUCAACAACCUGACGAGCAUGCUCAAGGAGGACGAGUUCUUCAAGGAGCUGUCCACCUGCUCGCCCAACGCCAGUGUGACGGACGACGACUCCAACGUGUGAGGGCGGGGCCGUCGCCAUGCCAACCGAGUGCUGUGAACAGAGCUGACUGUGCCAACCCCCCUCCCCCCUCGCCCACCAGCAGGCCCUCAGCCUCGGACACACCCUGGGGCGGGCCACAUAUCCCCAGAGUAUUACGAUUUAUGAUUUUAACAGUUAUAAAGAUGUCGGUAAUCUGCCUGGUAGCUUCCCUCAUUUCUCAGUACACUGUGGAGAGCAGAGGCCUGGUGUGUGUGUGUAUGUGUGAGUGUGUUUAUCCUGCUCCUCAAUUGCAUGAACCUCCCCUCCUCAUUUCAGUCCUGCACCUCCACUUGCAGAGGAAACCCCUUCACUCUCACCUUUCCUCCGCAAGUUAUUACUGAGAGAGUACAGUUUUAGAGAGAUUUUUCCUACCAGCUGGUUACUGGAGUUGUUGGAUCUGUAUGCGGGCUGUACUUGUGUUUAUUUCUUUUGAUAAUGAGUGGAUAUUAGCUGUGCAGCCUUGUGGCCUGUGUUCUCAGUGCAGGAUGCAGGCUCUGUUUCAGGACACAGGGAAGAUGUUUUAUUUAGCCAUGCGAGUAUUUGCCCAUGCUGACAGCACUGACAGACUGAGGGAAGGAAAGCAAGUGCUGACUUUUAGCUGAAACCAAUGCAACCCGACGUUUUGUAUCAGCUGCUUUCGAGAAAUGAGUAACGCCCUAGUUUUAACUUCAUGCCAAAGUACACAGUUACUCUCCAGCACAAAGCUGCCACAGUUGGACUUAUAAAGUGCCCAUGUUACCUUCUUACUUGACCUCACUUUUUUAACAUCACCUUUCACUGAUAACCCUGUGCUUCUCCCUGUCUCAGUGUUCAGUGUCUGUGCAUGCAAACUCACCCGAGUCAUUAACACCAGCCCUGUAUGUAAAUCCCUGUUAUUGUAGUGUACCUGCAUGUUAUUUAAGAUACUUGUCAUUUGUUCGCCAUGACCGUUGUGUAGAGAACUGCUAAAGACAGAAUAUUAUCACUAGUGUUGUUAUACAUAUCUGUAAGGGGUUACCAUGAGGCAUACUUGGAUUGGGAAUUCUGAGGGUCACAGUAGCAUGUUAUCAGAGUGGAAAGAGAACAGUGCGAGAAUACCAGAGAGCAGUUGUAUUGCUAUGCAACCCAUGUUAACCCAUAUCAGUAAUGCCAAUAUGUACCGUGUACUGUUACAUAAUAUGCAUUUUUAAUGAGUCAAUAAAAU